CCAACAGCUUCAUUGCGGACCCAGUUCAGACUGACUCAGAGAUUCAGCGCUGUUAUCGACAUGAGCGACACGACUGCUGCCGAAACGGCUCCUCUAGCCUCCGGACCCACCAUUGCCAAGAAGACUGUCAAAAAGAAGAAGGCGGCGGGUCCCAGGAAAAAAUCAACCUGUCCCGGGUUGGGCGAGCGGCUUCUGAAGAUUGUCGGGGAGCCCAACGAUCGCAAGGGGAAAAGCCUGUGUACUAUAACGAAAGCGCUGGCUGAAGGCGGGGUCGAUGUGGUGAAGCAGAAAUCGCACAUCAAGUUGAGUACCAAGAGGAGUGUGGCGAAAGGCUUCCUGGUUCAGGCCAAGGGCUACUUUAAACUCGCUAAGAAUCCAGUCAAGGCAAAAGUUGGAAAGAAGGCGAAACCAGCAGCCGCCAAGAAACCAGCCGCGAAGAAAACAACGGCCAAGAAGGUGACAGCGAAGAAAUCCCCAGCCAAGAAAGUCACAGGCAAGAAAGCGGCCGCCAGGAAGGCAGCAACACCGAAGAAAGCGGCGAAGAAAGCAGCGCCUAAGAAAAAGACUCCCGCGAAGGCGUUGAAAAAGACCAAGAGUCUCAAGGCCGCAAAACCCGUCACGAAACCGAGUAAACCGAAGGCAAAGGCGAAAGUGACAAAGAAAUCGGCAAAGAAAUGAACCAGUCGGUGCAGCAUGUAACCAGCUCAAUCCAAAGGCUCUUCUCAACGCCACCCACUUCUCUCAGGGAUGAGCUGAGCCAAGAUCUAAUUGAUCACAGUCCCGGCUCGGAGUGCGCACAUACCUUAGAUAUUAAUUGAUGGGAAGCUGCAGUGAUCUAAAUCCAGCCCCUCUCCCAUACUCAGAAUAAAUCAGUGUGAGGUCCCGCUGUCACUGAGACUUACCGCCGGUUCGGGUGCAGCUUCAAUUCAUGUCUUUUUCGUUUUCACAUAGUCAGGGAGAGAGUCUCUCAGAAAGUAACUCUGGCGCAGAAACCCGGCUCCACAAUACAAUCUCCAAGAAAUUACUUUGUCCAAUUCAGCGGGAGGUGUAGAAGCGCGUGUCGGGCUUGAUCUACGAGGAGAGCCGCGGGGUGCUGAAGGUUUUCCCGGGGAAUGUGAUCAGGGAUGCCGGUCACCUGCACUGAACACGCCAAGCGCAAGACGGUCACUUGCAUGGAUGUGGUGUACGCUCUGAAGCGCCGGGGCUGCACUCUACAUGAAUUCGGCGUCUGAACAAAUCGACCCUUUUCCAGCCAAACCAAACGCUCUUUGCAGAGCCAACCAAACCCUCCUAUUGCGAGCUGACACCUGAGAAUGGGGAAGACAGAACACAAGGGAGGGUAUAAUGUCCUGCAGCUGGCUGUUUCAUCUGUAAUACAUCACAUCGCAACUUGUAAUUUUGCACAGUUACUAAUGUUACAUAUUGCAAUAUUUGUGUUUUAUCGACCCUUCCAGGAAUGUUACUUUGUUCAGUUAUGAUUCUGGCUCCCCUGUGGAUGUUUUAAUGGCUUGUUCUUCCCAUCUGCCUGUUACACAUAGCGCAGGCAGCAAUUACAAAUUGUGUUCGGCGUCAGUAUAAUCUGAUUGAAAUAAAAAUGUACGAAUGA